GCGGGGUCUAGGUAGAAGCGGAGGCCGGCAGGAGGCUGAGGCUGCCGGGCACGGGGGCGACUGACCGGAGCGCUCGCGGACGCGUCUCGGGAGCCCCGCACUUUCCUGACAGGGGACGCCGGACGGGCGGCCGCCGCCCCCCCGCUCCUCCGGCAUGCGCGGGCUCCGGCUGUGGGGCUACGCGUGCGGGGCCUGAGGGAAUGUUGUUCCCCGUCGCCCGCUGCGCGCUGCGAUUGCUGCGGAGGCAGCCCGGGCACCGUGCCUUGUCCCGCACCGCCAUGGAGGUGGCCUUCCGAGGCGUGCGCAAAGUCCUGUGUGUGGCGGAGAAGAACGACGCGGCCAAGGGCAUCGCCGACCUGCUGUCCAGCGGGCGGAUGCGGAGGAGAGAAGGACUUUCUAAAUUCAACAAGAUCUAUGAAUUUGAUUAUCAUCUGUAUGGCCAGAAUGUCACCAUGAUCAUGACCUCGGUCUCUGGGCACUUGCUGGCUCACGAUUUCCAGAUGCGGUUUCGGAAGUGGCAGAGCUGCAACCCUCUUGCCCUGUUUGAAGCAGAGAUCGAGAAAUACUGCCCAGAGAAUUUUGUAGACAUCAAGAAAACUCUGGAACGAGAGACAAGGCAGUGCCAAGCUCUGGUGAUCUGGACUGACUGUGACAGAGAAGGUGAAAACAUUGGGUUUGAGAUCAUCCACGUGUGUAAGGCCGUGAAGCCCACCCUGCAAGUGCUGAGAGCCCGUUUCUCAGAGAUCACACCCCGGGCCGUGCGGAUGGCCUGCGAAAACCUGACUGAGCCCGACCGCCGGGUGAGCGAAGCGGUGGACGUGAGGCAGGAACUGGACCUGAGGAUCGGCGCCGCCUUCACCAGGUUCCAGACCCUGCGGCUGCAGAAGAUCUUCCCCCAGGUGCUGGCCGAGCAGCUCAUUAGUUACGGCAGCUGCCAGUUCCCGACCCUGGGCUUCGUGGUGGAGAGGUUCAAAGCCAUCCAGGCCUUUGUGCCCGAAGUCUUCCACAGGAUUAAGGUCACUCACGACCAUGAAGAUGGUGUUGUAGAAUUCCACUGGAAAAGGCACCGGCUGUUCAACCACACUGCAUGCCUCGUGCUCUACCAGCUGUGUAUGGAGGAUCCCACAGCAACUGUGGUAGAGGUCAAGUCCAAGCCGAAGAGCAAGUGGCGGCCUCAAGCUUUGGACACUGUGGAACUUGAGAAGCUGGCCUCUCGCAAGCUGAGGAUAAAUGCCAAAGAGACCAUGAGGAUUGCUGAAAAACUCUACACGCAAGGGUACAUCAGCUAUCCCCGAACGGAAACAAACAUUUUCCCCAAAGACCUAAACCUGACGGCAUUGGUGGAGCAGCAGACCCAGGAUCCACGCUGGGGGGCCUUUGCCCAGAGCAUCCUAGAACGGGGUGGCCCCACCCCCCGUAACGGGAACAAGUCUGACCAGGCGCAUCCUCCCAUUCACCCCACAAAACACACCACCGGCCUGCAGGGAGACGACCAGCGGCUCUAUGAGUUCAUCGUUCGCCAUUUCCUGGCCUGCUGCUCCCAGGAUGCCCAGGGUCAGGAGACCACCGUGGAGAUUGACAUUGCGCAGGAGCGCUUUGUGGCCCACGGCCUCAUGAUUCUGGCCCGCAACUACCUGGACGUGUAUCCCUACGACCACUGGAGCGACAAGCUGCUGCCCAUCUACGAGCAUGGGACCCGCUUCCAGCCCAGCACCGUGGAGAUGGUGAAUGGGGAGACCAGUCCUCCCCAGCUGCUCACCGAGGCUGACCUGAUCGCCCUCAUGGAGAAGCAUGGCAUUGGUACAGAUGCCACGCACGCGGAGCACAUCGAGACCAUCAAAGCCCGGAUGUACGUUGGCCUCACCCCAGACAAGCGCUUCCUCCCCGGACACCUGGGCAUGGGGCUUGUGGAAGGCUACGAUUCCAUGGGCUACGAGAUGUCCAAGCCUGACCUCCGGGCCGAGCUGGAGGCUGACCUGAAGCUGAUCUGCGAGGGCAAGAAGGACAAGUCGGUGGUUCUGAGGCAGCAGGUGCAGAAGUACAAGCAGGUGUUCAUUGAAGCCGUGGCCAAAGCCAAGAAGUUGGACGAGGCCCUCUCCCAGUACUUCGGAGAAGGGGCAGAAGUGGCCCAGCCGGAAGAGCUCUACCCAUCCCUGCCUGAGCCAAUCCGGAAGUGCCCGCGGUGCAACAGGGACAUGGUCCUCAAAGCCAAGAAGAAUGGCGGGUUCUACCUCAGCUGUGUGGGUUUUCCCGAAUGUCGAUCGGCCAUAUGGUUUCCCGACUCAGUGCUGGAAGCCAACAGGGACGAGAGCGUGUGUCCCGUGUGUCAACCACAGCCUGUGUACAGGUUGAGGUUGAAGUUCAAGCGCGGGAGCCUCCCCCCAACUAUGCCCCUCGAGUUGGUUGGCUGCGUCGGCGGCUGUGAUGAGACCCUGCGGGAGAUCUUGGACCUGCGCCUCUCCCACGGCACCCCCCGAGCAGCCCAGCCCUCCGGCCACCUGCAGGCCAGCCAGGCCCUCAACAGGAUGGACAGUAGGCAGCACGGCCGCCCCCAGCCCCCUGACAGCAGGCCCCCUGGACCUUCCAAGGCUCUGACCCGAGCGCCCCUGCUGCCCGCCGCUGCCAGCGGUGCCGGAGAGAGCAACUCUGUGACCUGCAACUGUGGCCAGGAGGCUGUGCUGCUGACGGUGCGCAAGGAGGGCCCCAACCAGGGCCGCCAGUUCUACAAGUGCGCCAGCGGUGGCUGCAGCUUCUUCCUGUGGGCCGACAGCAGCCCUCCGGCAGCCCCGAGAGCUCCGGGGGGCUCGCUGCCUCACCCACCAGGCUCGGGCGGCCCCCUGGGUGGGUCGAGUGGCUUUGGUGGCGGUGGCGGCGUCACGUCCUGCCUGUGCAGCCAGCCUGCCAUCACACGCACCGUGCAGAAAGACGGACCCAACAAGGGGCGCCAGUUCCACACAUGUUCCAAGCCGCGCGAGCAGCAGUGUGGCUUCUUCCAGUGGGCAGACGAGAACUCGGCCCCCUUGGCCCCAGGGAUGUUUGGAGCCCUGCCCUGGUCGGGAGCAGGAGGCCGAGCCCAGGGGUCUGAAGCCAGAAGCAAAAGGCCUCGGGCCAGCUCCUCAGAUACCGCGCCAGGGCCCACGGUGAAGAAGGCCCGCAAGUGCAGCCUCUGCCACCAGCCUGGACACACGCGGCCUUUCUGCCCGCAGAAUCGAUGAGCAGCAUGGGGCGGGCAGCCGGCACCUGCCCUACACAGCCCUGAGCACAGUGUUGGCCCCAAGGUAAGGGAUGCCAGGUCCAGUGGCCCCCUGGAAGCCAGC